UCAGCGAUUUCUAGUCAACUUUUUAUUUUGUCUUCUAGUUUUCCAUUUAUUGUGUAAAUACUAAAGAACACAAGUUUCUAAUUAAACGGUGACCAUAUUAAACUAUACCGCAACACCUGUGAUUUUGUUGAAGGACGCGUCAGUCGUGAAAAUUCGUCCUUAAGAUACUAUUCUCGAAUGUUUCACCGGUGCCGUUGAGUACCAGCGAUCUUUAUGCUGUACGUUGGAUUCCACCGGUUCGUAAUAUCGUCGAGGUUUCUUGGAUAACUUACGUUAAACUCCCCAGCACAAGUUCAAGCAUAGAUGUUUUGUAUAAGGAAUGAAAUAAUGGUUACAUGUUCGAGAACGGGUUCCCCUUCGUCUACAGUUUGGUUGUUCCUCACUAUUGAAUUUUUAAUUGGUAUAUUUCUAUCCGUUUUCCUGGCCAUCCUUACGGUCAUUAAAUCUUUACUUCCGAAGCCACCCAGAGAUUUAACGGGAGACGUAGUCUUGAUAGUCGGAGCCUCUUCCUCUCUAGGUGAAUCUUUGACAGAAGAAUUUGUGAAAAACGGAUGUUCCGUAGUUUGCGUGGACAGUAAUUCCAAAUUAAUUGAGGAAAAUGUAUCGAAAUUGAGAAAACAAUAUCAACUGGUCGAGAAAGUUGAUACGUAUAGGAAAAACGACUCUUCGGUGUGCAGAUCGGCGAUCAACUCUUAUGAGUGUAAUUUGGAAGAUAAAGAUGAUAUUAGGAGAUUGGCACAAAAAGUGAAAGAUGAUAUCGGAAGAGUCGACAUCUUAGUGACCUGCGUCGGUGAUUCGAAUCAGGACAUUUUCGACACGGCUAGUAGAACGUUGAUGAGUCACUUUUGGACAGUUCUGGCGUUUCUUCCAUUGAUGUUGUAUCAAGAACGUGCCCGUAUAGUCGGAGUGACUCCCGUUGCGUCAAACAGUGACGCUUAUCACGGAUCCAGGGCAGCAAUAGUGAGUCUCAUGGAAAGUCUCUGCCAGGAAUUGAGUAACCAUACUAGUCACUUAGCAUUCCUGGCAUUCUCACCCAUUGCAGAAUGCAGGACUUUAAAACAGAGCGAGGAGCGAAUAGCCAAGAACAUAGUCAGAGCAGUGAAAACUGAUCAAAAUGAUCUAAACAUUAGUUGGAUGUCAAGAUUACUGUAUAAACUAAGUUGCAUGACGUACAGAGGAAUAACGUUACUCACGCAAUGGGUCCACUCUCAAGGAUGCGAUCAUCAAGUGUCGUUCUAAUUUAGUUUUAACUUUAUAACGGAAAAUGAACAGUACAAUUAUUAAAUGACGACGACAUAGACAGAUAGAGACAGAAUACUCGGAAAGAAACUAGGCAUAUAACUAAGUUUGUACAGAUUGAAACUUUAUUCCAGUGACUCAUACAACAAUUUCAAAGUCUGAUUUUAAAAGGUAGACGCUUCCAAAAGUCAGUAAUAAUUCGACGAUGAUUAGAAAAAUAAUAUUACACGAAUUAUAAGAUUAAAAAAAUAAAGAAUAUAAUUUGUCCGCGGUA